ACAAGCCUGGAGUGAUUUUGCGGUGCUGAAUGGGGGAAAGAUUAAUAGUGACAUUUGGAAGGACCUUCACGCCGCCACCGUGAAUCCAGACCCCAGUUUAAAAGAAUUUGAAGGGGCUACUUUGCGAUACGCUUCCCUGAAGCUCAGAAAUGUUCCGCAGUGUGACGAAGACGAUUCCUGUAGCAUCAACAGCGAUCCGGAGGCCAAGUGCUUCGCCGUCCGUUCCUUGGGAUGGGUCGAGAUGGGGGAGGAAGAUUUAGCGCCUGGGAAAAGCAGCGUUGCGGUGAACAACUGUAUCCGGCAACUCUCGUACUGCAAGAACGACAUAAGAGAUACUGUGGGCAUCUGGGGAGAGGGAAAAGACAUGUAUCUUAUCCUGGAGAACGAUAUGCUAAAUUUGGUUGACCCCAUGGAUCGUAGCGUUCUUCAUUCUCAGCCCAUCGUUAGCAUCCGAGUUUGGGGAGUCGGUCGAGAUAAUGGCCGGGAUUUCGCCUAUGUAGCCAGAGACAGAGAGACACGGAUUUUGAAAUGCCACGUGUUCCGAUGUGACACUCCAGCGAAAGCCAUCGCCACCAGCCUCCACGAAAUCUGUUCGAAGGAAAGAAAUAAUUGUAAAAACUCAGCAACUUUCUAG